AUGGCCGUGUGGGAGGCCGAGCAGCUGGACGGGCUCCAGCGGCGGGACCUGCUCUCGCCCACCGCGCCCAGGGAGGGUGAGCACGCGGCCCCCCACGGCCAGCCCGCGGCGGUCAGGCUGUAUUGCCGUGCCUGCCUGGUCACCUGCCACUCCCAGGAGGCCUUUGAGAACCACUGCUCUUCCCUGGAGCAUGCACAGAUGGUGGCCCUGGACCAGGCCGAGUCCUGGGAGCACCGCAGCCCACCCAUGGGGCUCUCCACGUUUGAGCUCUGCCCACAACCCAGCCUCUGUGAGUACGGGGAUGUCUGCACCAAGGCACAUUCCGAGCAGGAGCUACAGGAGUGGAUACAACGGGCACAGACCCUGAAGCUGCGGGAGCAGGCCGCCUGGCAGGAGGGGCUGGUGUCUUACCAGGCACGGCUGCUGGCUGAGUACCAGCGCAGCAGAAGUGAGGUCCUGGUGGUGGCUGAGACCGUUGAUGGCGUGUCCGUCACCUGCAGCCAGCCCUUGGUGCAUCAGGCCCAUGAGAAGAAGACUCAGCACAGCUGGAUAUUUGACAUCCACUCUGAGGAGCCCCUGCUACACGUGGCCCUGCUCAAGCAGGAGCUGGGAGCAGACUUCUCGCUGGUGGCCCCCUGCCUUCCGCCAGGCCGACUCUAUGCCGAGGGGGAGCGCUUCCGAGCGCGAGCCUCUCCGGCCAGGUUCCGGGUGGAGGUGCGCGUGCAGAGUGCCUCCUUCGGCUUCUUCGAGCAGUGGGUGGUCUUCGACUUCGGCCGCAGGCCAGUGCUGCUGCGGAAGCUGGGGCUGCAGCUGGGCCAGGUGCGCUGCCUGGGGCUCCGGGGGGUGGCGGCACGCGACCACCCCGAGGAGCUGGAGCGCUGGCACACGGGCAACCGCCUCGUGGUGCCUGCCGUGGAACGGACGGCCGAGCAGGUGGCCCUGGUGGCCAAGUACAAGGUGCCCGCCCUGGCGCUGGACUUCAGCCACGGGGGCCCGGCGCCGGGUCCUAUCUCCCGCGCCAACUACCGGCAGAGGAUGCACCAGUUUCUCUAUGAGGAGGAAGCUGCUCAGCAGCAGCUGGUGGCCAAGCUGAACUUUCGGGGCCCGGUGUCCCUGAGGACAACCCUGCAGACGCCGGCCCUGGGCAUGCUCUUCCCGCCGGCAGGAGCCCUCUAUGCCAAGGUCCCCACCCCCUCCUCUCUGAUGCCGGACACACACGAGGGCUUUCUGCUGGGCCGGGCGGUCAGCACAGCCCUUGUGGCCCCUGUUCCCGCACCUGACCACCGGGUGUUUGAGGUGCGGCUAGAAACCCGGGCCAUCUCGGAGCAGGCACUGUGGCUCCUCUUGCCCACCCACUGCUGCUUGGCUCUGGGGCUGCAGCCCGAAACCAGCCCCAUCUUGGAGGUGCAGUUCCAGAUCGACCCACUGACCUUCCGCUUCUGGCACCAGGCAGUGGACGCGCUGCCCGAGGAGCACCUGGUGGUGCCGGACCUGCCGAACUGUGGCCUGCCUGUGCCUCUGCCCACCCCACCCACGGUGCACGGCAACCACAAGCAGAAGUUGGCUGUGGCGUUCAUUGCGGGCAGCUGCCCCAGGGGCAUGCAGCCCAUUGCCCCCCUGCUCAUCUACGGCCCUUUCGGCACGGGCAAGACCUACACGCUGGCGAUGGCCUCCCUGGAGGUCAUCCGGCAGCCCCACACCAGGGUGCUCAUCUGCACACACACCAACAGCGCGGCCGACAUCUACAUCGAGGAGCACUUCCACCGCUACGUGAGCAGCGGCCAUCCCGAGGCCUCUCCGCUGCGGGUGAUGUACGCGGACCGCCCGCCCAGCCAGACGGACGCGGCCACGCUGCAGUACUGCCUCCUGACAGAGGACCGCCGGGCCUUCCGCCCCCCGACGCGGGCCGAGCUGGAGCAGCAUCGCAUCGUGGUGGCCACCACCUCCCAGGCCCGCGAGCUCCGGGUGCCGGCCGGCUUCUUCUCGCACAUCCUCAUCGACGAGGCCGCCCAGAUGCUGGAGUGCGAGGCGCUCACCCCGCUGCGCUACGCCUCGCCCAGCACCCGCGUGGUGCUGGCCGGGGACCACAUGCAGGUCACGCCCAGGCUCUUCAGUGUGGCGGGCGCCCAGGCCGCCGGGCACACCCUGCUCUGCCGCCUCUUCCACCACUACCAGCAGGAGGCGCAUGAGGUCGCCCGGCGCAGCCGCAUCGUCUUCCACGAGAACUACCGCUCCACCGGGGCCAUCCUCAGCUUCGUCUCGCGGCACUUCUACGUGGCCAAGGGCAGCCCCAUCCACGCCAGCGGCAAGGUGCCUGGCCACCCUGAGCGCUACCCGCUCAUGUUCUGCCACGUGGCGGGCAGCCCUGAGCGAGACAUGUCGGGCACGUCCUGGCUGAACACGGCGGAGGUCGUGCAGGUGGUCGAGAAGGUGCAGGACAUCUACCACAGCUGGCCCCCCUGCUGGGGCGGCCGGGAGCAGAGGCACAUCUGUGCCGUUUCCCAUGGCGCCCAGGUGGGCGUGCUAAGGCAGGAGCUGAGGAAGAGGGACCUGGGCCAGGUGUCUGUGGGCAGCUUUGAGAUCCUGCCAGGGCGGGAAUUCCGCGUCGUGGUGCUGAGCACCGUCCAUAACCACCACAGCCUGCUGAGCUCGGGGGCACCUGCCCUGGGGUUCUUCACCGACGCCCGUGUGCUCAACACCGUCAUGACCCGCGCCCAGUCCCAGGUGGUGGCUGUGGGCAACGCUGUGGCCCUCUGCUCCUUCGGGGCCUGCAGCAAGCUCUGGAAGAGCUUCAUCCGCGAGUGUGUGAGGCACUGCAGCAUCUGCCCCAAGACUCUGACCCUGGAGCACAUCGAGCAGGACGUGGUCCGAAGGCAGCACUGGGCCCUGCAAGCAGAGGGGUCUGGGGCAGCCGUGGCCCAGGACACUGUCCCAGAAGAGGGGGCAGCAGGGACUCUGGCCACAGAGCACGCAGCCACAGAGAGGGUGGCCGCACAGAGGACAGAGGCUGGGGACGCGGCACUGGGGCCCGUGGCCGGGGCCUGCGCAGCGGUGGGGGAGCCCGCCAGGCUGCCCACGGAGGCGGAGGACGCGCCGUCAGCAGGGAACUCGUCGAUGGGGAGCAAGGCCCCCGGGAAGGCGGUGGCAGGGCCGAUGGCCAUGGAAAACGGGGAACCCGAGGACCCCGAGGACUCUGAGUCGGACUUCUGGCCUUCCGACACGGAGCUCAACGCUGACGACUCCAUCCUGCAGGAGCUCCUGGACGAGGCCCGGAACGUGAUGGUGACCGUCCGGGAAGACGGGCUGCUGGACACCGUUGCCAGGCCCCAGUCCCCAUGCCAGGCCCAGCAGUACAGGAACCUGCCGCGGGCCACGCUGAGGAAGCUGCUGGCCACGGAGCCCGCGCUGCACCGCCCCUGUGCCUUCGUGCAGGAGACCUUUGAGCGGGCGGUGGCCAUCCCGCUGGAUGACACAGAUUGCGGCCCCAUCCAGAUCAGGGGCCGCUUGCACUGUGGGAUGGCCUUCAGCGGGGACGAGGUGCUGGUGAGGGUCCUGGGGGGAGACCAGGGCUCCCCUGGGAGGCUGCAGGGCCGCGUGGUGGGCGUGCUCAAGAGGAAACGCCGCGAGCUGGUGUUCGUGUGCCGCAUGGACGAGUGGGACCCCCGCCUCAUGACCCCCAUCGACGGCUCCGUGACCAAGAUCUUUGUGGCCGAGCUGAAGGACCCACUGCAGGUUCCCGUGCACCGUGUGCAGCAGGGCCGCGUGCAGCGCGUGGGGUAUGAGCGGCUCCCCGCCGAGGCCCGCAGCAGUCGGCUCUUCUGGGUGCGCAUCGUCUUGUGGCGGCAGCGCUUCUACUAUCCCCUGGGCAUCAUCCUGGAGGUGCUGCCCGAGGCCACCACCUGGGAGCAGGGCCUCCGCAUCCUGGACCUGGAGCACGGCCUGAGGACGCCCUCGCUGGAGCCGGCCUCCGUCAGCAAGGCGCUGCAAAAGUGCCGGGCGGAGCUCGGCCGGGCCGCCGACCGCCGAGAGGACUGCCGCGGCUUCCUGACCUUCACUGUGGACCCCCAGGGCGCCUGCUGCCUGGAUGAUGCCCUCAGCGUCCGAGAUCUGGGCUCCAGGUACGAGGUGGCCGUGCACAUCGCCGACGUGGCCAGCGCCAUCCCCAGGGACGGGCCUCUGGACCUGGAGGCCCGCAGACGGGGCACCACGUUCUACGCCCCUGACCGGGAACCUGUGCCUAUGCUUCCAGCCAGCCUCUGCCGGGACGCACUCAGCCUUCUGCCCGGCCAGGACCGCUUGGCCAUCUCCCUCUUCCUCACCGUCGAGAAGGGCAGCGACCAGCUCCAGAGCCUGCGCUUCGCGCCCUCUGUGGUCUGCUCUGACCGUCAGCUGUCCUACGAGGAAGCCGAGCACGUGAUCAGGGGGCACCCGGGCGCCGGCCACGAGCUGCCAGCCCGCCUGGACUCUGUGGACGCCGGUCUCGUGGCCGCAUGCCACUUCUCCCGGGUGCUGCGCCGAGCCCGCCUGCGGACCGACUGCCACUACGAGCAGCCCAGUGAGGACUGUGCGCUGGGCUUCCGCGCGGCCCACGUCAUGGUCAAAGAGUACAUGAUCCAGUUCAACAGCCUGGUGGCCGAGCUCCUGGUGAGCAGCGAGCGCACGCAGACCGUCACGCCGCUGCGGUGGCAGCCCGCGCCCAGCGAGCACCAGCUCGGGGCCUUGCGUGAGAAGCACCAAGAGCUGGUGGCCCUGUCACUGCACCUGCGGCACCACCUGCGGGGCCGCGGCCCCCCCGGCACACAGGUCCACCUCCUGGGCUCCCUGUGGAGGCUCCUGCAGUGCGCAGCCUGCGCCGGGGACCGCGACCGGCUGGCCGACCUCAUCACCACGGAUGACAUGCACCCCUCUCUGGCCCCCGUGGGCCUCGACUUCCGCAAGGCGCUGGGCCGCUCGGUGUUUGGCCGCUCCCGCCACGGGGCACGGCAGGCGGCCGGCCACUACGCGCUGCAGGUGGACUGGUACACGUGGGCCACCUCGCCCAUUCGCCGGUACCUGGACGUCGUGCUGCAGCGGCAGGUCCUGCUGGUGCUGGGCCACGGGGGCUCCUCCUACUCCGCCAGGGACAUCGACGGGCUCUGCCAGGAAUUCAGCCACCAGCAUGGGCGUGCCCAGAGCUAUCAGCGCCAGGCCCGAAGCCUGCAUCUGGCCACGCAGCUCAAGGUCCAGCCGCGGAGCAAGCUGGGCUUCGUGGUGGGCGUGGAGGCAGGCGCCCGCGGCUUCAGGCUGCUCUUCCCAGCCGACCCCGAGACCCUGCCUGACCCCUGCCCUGUCCACUACCGCUCCCUGCAGCUGGCGGAGCACCCCAGCGACCCGGUGAGGCGGCCGGGCCUGCGGCUGCGGUGGCGGCGCCGAAUCUACUCGGUGCAGGCGGACAGGCGGCCCUCCCUGGUGCCCGGCACCCUGCUGGACCCACACCGCCGGCGGGUUGAGGCUGCCCUGUGGCAGCAGCUGCUGGAGCUGGUGCAGGAGGGGCGGUGGCCCGAGGCGGCCGCCCUCGUGCGGGAGCAGGGCGCGGCAGAGCCCCAGCCGCUGGAGUUGGGCUGUGUGUGGCGGAGCCGCUGUGGCCACUUUGUGGAGGUGGCCCGGGAGCUGGGCAGUGGGGACACGCUGCAGGUGCAGCUCAGUGCCGUCCUGCAGCGGGGGUUCCUGGUACCGAGUCUGCAGCUGUGCGCUGUGGUGCCUGGCCUCACCCUCUGCCUGGAGCACGUGGACCGGCCAGGCGCCUGCUUCCUGGCCCAGAUGCCCCGCGCGGCACGGGACCGCUGUCUCGACCUGGGCGAGUACUCCCGCGUGUGGGGGUCGUUCUGCUCCCUGGAGUCGGCCACCAGCGCGGUCUCCGAGGGUGACUCCAUCACGCUGCAGCACGUGAGCAUAUCCUGGGAUGCGGAGCAGGUGGUCCAGGGUCAGCUGUGGGGCUCCUUCUGCCUGGAACCCUCCUUCCUCGGUGAGCACGGCAUUGACCUCAACUUGGGCCACUGCUACCUCUGCAUCCGGCUCGAGGGGCUGCCGGCUAUGCCCGCUGCAGGGGAGCUGUGCCCCCCGGCUGGGCCUGGCCAGCCUCCCCUGGCCGCCCCGCCCUGCGGGCCCCUCCUGGGCAUCGACCCUGACACGUACACAUGGGUGGCCCAUGGGCUGAUGGAGCCCUGGGACCCGAAGGAGGGCUGGGCCGACCGGCAGGAGACCCCCAGGCAGAUGCACUUCUUCAUCCAGCACAUGGCCAUGGAGAAGGUUCCAGAAGAGGUGCUGAGACCUGACACCCGAUUCACCAUUGAGGUGCUGCCCAAGCAGCUUCCUGACAUUCGCAAGGAAGAAGCCGUGCGUAGGUUGAAGUGUGCGUCCCCGCUGGUCGUCAGCAUUGCCCUGGGCCGGCCCAUCCCUCCGGCCUGCGGUCUUCCUCCCCAGAGGCUCCUGGAGAAACAGACGUUCGACCUCCCUGGAGGCUGCCACACGCUGAACGCCAGCCAGAACCGGGCUGUCAGGGCGGCCCUGCAGAAGCAGUUCACGGUGAUCCAGGGCCCGCCAGGCACGGGGAAGACGGUGGUGGGUUUCCACAUUGUGUUCUGGUUUCACAAGUCAAACGAGGAGCGGGUGAAGGCCUGCAGCGCCCCCAGUGAGGAGAAGCCGCUGGGGGGCCCCUGCAUCUUGUACUGCGGCCCCUCUAACAAGUCGGUGGAUGUCCUGGCAGGACUGCUGCUGAGCAGGAGAGCAGAGUUGAAGCCGCUGCGAGUGUAUAGCGAGCAGGCCGAGGCCACCGAAUUCCCGGUGCCGGGUGUGGGCAGCAGCGGCCCGCCCAAGAAGACCCCUCGGGAGGGGAGGCCCAACCAGGCCCUCAGGAGCAUCACCCUGCACCACAGGAUCCGGCACCCCUCCAACCCCUAUGCACGGGACGUCAGGGAGCUCGAUGCCCGUUUGCAGAGAGGGGAGGUCUUUUCCAAGGACGACCUCAGCCAGUACAAGCAGGUCCUGGGGAAGGCGCGGAAGUUCGAGCUGGAGCAGCACAGGGUCAUCCUGUGCACGUGCUCGUGUGCGGCCUUAGCUAGUCUCAAGAAGCUGGCUGUCAGGCAGAUCCUCAUCGAUGAGGCAGGCAUGGCCACAGAGCCCGAGACCCUCAUCCCCCUGGUGAUCUUCUCAAAGGCAGAGAAGGUGGUUCUUCUUGGGGACCACAAGCAGCUGCGGCCUGUGGUCAAGAAUGAGCAGCUGCAAAAUCUGGGGCUGGAUCGGUCUCUCUUCGAGAGGUACCACAUGGACGCCUACCUGCUGGACACUCAGUACCGCAUGCACGAGGGCAUCUGUACCUUCCCCUCCAUGGAGUUCUACAAGAAGAAGCUGAAGACCUGGUGGGGCCUGAAGCGGCCGCCCAGCGUCCUUGGCCACACCGGCAAGGAGAGCUGCUCUGUCAUCUUUGGCCACGUGCAGGGCCGUGAGCAGAGCCUACUGGUGUCCACAGAUGAAGGGAAUGAAAACUCCAAGGCCAACCCAGAGGAGGUGGCAGAGGUGGUGCGCAUUGCCAAGCAGCUGACCCUGGGCAGGACAGUGGAUCCCAAAGACGUCGCCAUUCUCACUCCCUACAAUGCUCAGGCUGCGGAGAUCAGCAAGAGUCUUGGGCGAGAGGGUGUCACUGGAGUGACCGUGUGCUCCAUCACCAAGAGCCAGGGAAGUGAGUGGCGCUACGUGCUGGUGAGCACCGUCCGCACGUGCCAGGAGAGUGACCUGGACCAGCGGCCGACUAAGAGCUGGCUUAAGAAGUUCCUGGGCUUUGUCGUGGACCCCAAUCAAGUCAACGUGGCCAUCACCCGGGCCAAAGAGGGACUCUGCUUCAUCGGAGACCACCGCCUCCUGCGUUGUUGCCCUCUCUGGCGGAGAUUCCUGGACUUCUGUGAGGACCAGCAGACCCUCGUGCCCGCCAGCCAGGUGCGAGUUCGGAGGAGGCCAGCGGUGUCUCCUUGAAGAGCCCACUCUGCCUGCCCACUGCCCUCGGGCUGCCAGGACUGCUUGGUGAAGUCCUGAGCCCCCUUAUGCGGGCUGCCUUGCCAGGCCCCACUCAGCAGAAUCCCACGUGCCUUCGGUGGGCACUGCUGGCCGCCCCGCCUACGUGGCUGGGUCUCUGCUGUGGUUCUGAGCAAUAAUCCCCUCCUGGAGUCUUGGCCUCUCCCUGGGGCGGGAGCAGGCCAGACCCCGCCCUGCCAGCGGGCGCCUACACUUGGGAGGAAGAAUCCGAGCUCUCCCAGCUGUGCUACUUUUGUGGGGACAUUUGGUGACAGGGAGCAUCUCAGGGGUGUGGGAUGGAGGGGGGAAGUCCUCUGGACCUUCUGGUGUUGCUGGGAAGGUUUGGGGUGGGGAAGGAAAUCCCAGUGGGGCUACUCUUUGGUCUUUGGAUGCCAUGCCUGACCACACUGGGUGCUGGGUGUGGAGCUCAGCCUUCUUUUCUUCUUUCUUUUUUUUUUUCAAGUAGGCUCCAUGACCAGUGAGGGGCUUGAACUCAUGGCCCUGAGAUUAAGAGUUGCUUGUUCUACCAACUGAGCCAGCCAGGCCACCCUAUUUUCUAUUUUUAAAUAAACCAAACACCAGUGUCCUUUUUACUGGAACAAGUUCCUUAGCCCAAACUUAGGCAAAGAUGCCUCCCUGGAACAGAGGGCCUUUUCUCUAUCCCACUACCCUGUCUAACUGGGACCCAUAGCCCUGUGUCCUUCAGGGGUCACCUGCCCUUGCAGGAGGAAGGGCAGACCAGAACCAGAUGCCCACACAGCCUUGCCUGGACCAUGGGUGUGUGGGUGGGGACUGGGAUUGAGGUGCCCCUGGAUGGGCAGCCCUGUGCCUUCUCCCUGAGCUCUACCUCCCCUUUGCAACCUCAAGCCUGCUCCCAGGUCAGGGCUUUAGGGACAACCUGUCCUGUGUGUCUGUCUUUGUAAAGUUGAGGACCUUCACCUGUCCCUCAGGGUCUCAGGGUGCAUUUAUGUCCUAACUGCUCUGGAAACCCUUGCCUUGAUAUCGGCCCUCACCUCAGUACCCCCCCGCCCCCCCCAAGGCAGCUCUGACCCAGAGUCUCUGCACUUCCACUGUCCCUGUGGCCUGGGGGAUGUGGCAAACAAGUUGCUUAUACUAGGAGGGGCUUGCCCCCCUCUGUGGCCUUGCUGCAGAACCGUCUGCCAGUGUGUGGGGGGGAGCGGGGGGGAAUGAUGUUCUGAUGUUUUCUACAAAUCAAUUUCUACAUUCCAAUUUUUAUAUAUUUUCUUGGACUCUGUGUUAUAUGAUUCAA